UGUGACUUAAGAGGAUGCCCAAGGAUUUUGAGCCACUGAAGAAAGUCCAGUGGAAGGGGUUUUCCCUAGUAGAGGGAUAGACAGAUCCUUAGGGAACAGGCGGUCAAAAUAAAAUGAAAACACUCAAGAGCAUCACAGAAACAGGAAUGAACCGGCAGCUAGUGAACAUUUUGACAGCCUUGUUUGCAUUUUUCUUAGAGACCAACCACUUCAGGGCGGCUUUCUGCAAAGACCAUGACUCCAGGUCUGGAAAACAACCUUCGCAGACCCUAUCUCCUUCAGAUUUCUUGGACAAAUUAAUGGGCAGAACAUCAGGAUAUGAUGCAAGAAUCAGGCCAAAUUUUAAAGGUCCUCCAGUAAACGUUACUUGCAAUAUUUUUAUCAACAGUUUUGGAUCAGUCACAGAAACUACCAUGGACUACCGAGUGAAUAUUUUUCUGAGACAACAGUGGAAUGAUUCACGACUGGCAUACAGUGAGUACCCAGAUGAUUCCCUGGAUUUGGACCCAUCUAUGCUAGACUCCAUUUGGAAACCAGAUUUGUUCUUUGCCAAUGAGAAGGGUGCCAAUUUCCAUGAUGUCACCACUGACAACAAAUUGCUACGGAUUUCAAAAAAUGGCAAAGUACUCUACAGUAUCAGACUCACCUUGACCUUAUCAUGUCCCAUGGAUUUGAAGAACUUCCCAAUGGAUGUCCAGACCUGUACAAUGCAGCUGGAGAGUUUUGGGUACACGAUGAAUGACCUGAUAUUUGAGUGGUUAAGUGAUGGCCCAGUGCAAGUUGCUGAAGGAUUGACCCUGCCCCAGUUUAUUUUGAAAGAAGAGAAGGAACUUGGCUACUGCACAAAGCACUACAACACCGGAAAGUUUACCUGUAUCGAGGUCAAGUUUCAUCUAGAACGCCAAAUGGGAUAUUAUUUGAUCCAGAUGUACAUCCCCAGCCUGUUGAUAGUCAUUUUGUCCUGGGUCUCCUUUUGGAUAAACAUGGAUGCAGCCCCUGCCAGGGUUGCACUGGGCAUCACCACAGUCUUAACAAUGACAACCCAGAGUUCAGGUUCCAGGGCUUCUUUGCCAAAGGUCUCCUAUGUAAAAGCAAUUGACAUCUGGAUGGCGGUGUGCCUUCUGUUUGUGUUUGCUGCCUUAUUGGAAUAUGCAGCAGUGAAUUUUGUCUCUAGACAACACAAGGAGUUCCUACGCCUCCGAAGAAGACAGAAGAGACAGAAUAAGUCUUUGAGAGGAGAAAUUGGUGCACUGCUGGUGUCUGCAGUGACACUAGGGGCACAGCCCACCAUUAGAGCUGCAGCACGUUUCAGGGCUGCAGAGGCCUGCAAUUUACAUAGACCCCAACGGCCAGCAGAAGGAAAGGAAUGCCAGUCUUCAGUUCUACAUCCUGCCAGAAUUUAG